AUGCCCAGGAACCAGCAUGUAGGGUGACCUCCUCUAACCCCGGGUCCUCCAUUGCUUCCAAGCUAGGUUCUGUCCGUUCUCCCCAAUUCCUAACACUCUACCCACAAGAGUGGCAGCCAAGCUUUAGCUGUUAGCUAUCCUUCCCUCUUCCCUGCAUCUCUCUUGUCUUCCUCUUUUCUUUCCUGUUUGUGACCUCACCUUGUGGUUUCCUUUGUGUAUCCCUCUAUCCCUCACUUCCUGUCCUGCCUUCCUCCUCCUCUACCUUCUCCUCUUCUCCUCCUUACCCUCCUCCCCCGCUAUCUUCUUCUUCCUCCCCUUCCCCUCUCCUCCUCACCAUCCUCCCACCGCACCAGGCUGCGUGGCGCUACUACUCCACCGACUGCUCUACCAGGCCGUAUCUAGGCGCCACGUGGCGUUACCACGUGAGCCUCCUGCCCUCCCAGCCCCACAGGCAUGUACUGUACCCCCAUCGUGCCUGGCCUCCGAACUCGGCCCAGCCACAGAACGUGUCACUCACGCGUGACCUUUGACCCGUGAUUGUUUGGUUGUGUUUUUCUUAUCACUAAUCAGAGGUUUUUUCUUUUUUUGUAUCCGUCCUCCACUGUUUGUCCUAUCUGUCUUUGUCUCGUUUUCUCUCUGUUGUCUCUUUGUUCUUAUCCUCCUGGUUUUCUGUGUAUUCUGCAUGCAGUGUGUUUGGCGUAGUUAUGCGGCUGAUGAGAACUCGGUUUCCAUUGCUACCUGGAAGCCUCAUUUGAAGGCGUUGCAUACCUGCAGCCCUACAAAGUAGGUACAACGUUGGCAGCUGGUGUCUGAGUUUGGUGUCUGUGCCCCUGUUAAGCAAUCCUUUUCCCUUAUUGUUUCCCCAAUUAAGUAUUUCUGUUACCUUUCCUCUUCUUUUCUAGCCUGGUCCCAGAUCUGUUUGGCACGUUUGGUGUGACAAUGGCCAUAGGUGUUGGCAAGACAGCACAAACUGAUCUGGGACCAGGCUACUUCUUUUCUACUUCUUUUUAACUUUUUUCUAUUUUAGUUAUGUACUUCCUUCUUUUCUGUGAAUGAAUACAUUUAUAUUUGUAUAAUUUGUCUUCUGUUAUUAUAAGUAAAUGGUUCACAGCCAUCAAAAUACCAAUAUUAUCCAGGUUCCUUUUCAUCCAAACUGUAGUGCCAAGAACUCAAUAAAUAAUACUAAAAACCAAUAGUGUAGACAAUACCCCAUUACACCUCUAUCCAGCUAACACAACAGGCAUUCAAAUCAUAUCUCCCAGUAUAUGCUCAAACCAUCAGUCUAACAGUUUAAGGUAGCAUUCCAAGUGACACCCCAUUCCCUCUGUAGUGCACUACUUUUGAUCAGGCCCUAGUCAAAAGUAGUGCACUACAUAGGGAAUAGGGUACCAUUUAGAACCUACAUAACACAGUUAGCUAAGCUCUAGAUUCACUGAAGACUUGAGAUUGUCUGUACCUCACUUUCAACUGAGGCAGUGAAUUUAGCAAUCAUCCUACAUGGCCCAUCCAUUUAUGACGGUAAUCAGUGUCUAAAUGAUCCAAUCAGGCUUUAUUGAAUGUGUAGCCACUUCUCCGUCUCUCGUCUCAUUGGAUUGCCACUGUGCUGGAAUAGCCUUGUGUGAUUGGGAGAUAUGGAGUGCCUGUAUUGGUAUUAUCUGCCAAUAGUGUUUCAAGACUAGUAAAUAUGCAGAUGGAAUGCUGUGGAGCCUGGAAAUAUUGGAGAUCCAUCUGCUAAAUGCUUCACUGACAGAUAGACAACAUGCAUACAGUACCAGUCAAAAGUUUGGACACACCUACUCAUUCAAGGGUUGUUCUUUAUUUUUACUAUUUUCUACAUUGUAGAAUAAUGUAGGUGUGUCCAAACUUUUGACUGGUACUGUACAUACACACACACACACACACACACACACACACACACACACAAACACACUGCUGACACACACCUGUCUACACACUGCUAGCUUUCUGAGUUUGCCUGAAUAGUUAUACUGCAUUGAAAUGCAUUGUGCUUGCCGACGUAGUCUUGAGUCUUGAUUCUGUUUAGUCUGGUGAGAUACUUGUGAUUUGCUCAUGUGCACAAUGCAAUGCUGCCUCAAAUACUCAGCUUCUCUUUUGAUGACAACCCCUCAAAUUCAUCUUGCUACUCGUUUGUGCGGUAUAUAAUGUUUGCAAUGAAUAUUUCCUCACUCUCUACCCUCUCCCCUCUCUCACUUCUCAACUGAAGGAAGGACCAGGGUGAAUCGUCCACAAGGUUUGUACCUCCUACUUGUACUGUUUAUCUAUUUUCUGCACAGAUCCAAAUGCAGCACAACUACCGGUGUAAGUCUGAACCCUGUGUGUUGGGGAUAAUGUCUUCCAUACUCCCUGUAUGGAAUAUACUGAUUGCAAGUCGCUCUGGAUAAGAUUGUCUGCUCUGCUAAAGGACCAAAAUGUAAAUGUCAAUGCUUUUAGCCACUAUUCAGAACUGUGUGUGUCCCAAAUGGCUCUCUCUAUCCAUAGGACAUUAAUCAAAAGUAGUGCAUUAUAUAGGGAGGAGGGUGUCAUUUGGGACAUAGACUCUGCGUUUUCACCAUUAGAUUUACUGUGUAUUGCUGCUGAAAGUGCCAAUAUGCAGUCGGUGACCUAUUGUAGAGAAAGGUAGCUAGUUAUGAAGCGUUGGCCCUAGCUCUUAACUUAAUGGAUCCAUUUAUAGAAACAGUCACAAGUUCAUUACUUAGUCAGUAUCUACCUCUCCUUUGGGCCUCUCCCCCUCUUUCUUUAGUGUUUAUCUAUCUUUCUUUCUCUCCUUUUAUUAUUCCUGUCUCUUUAUUCCUCCCACUCCCCUAUUCUCUCUCAGCUCUUGUCCUUUCAUUCUCUCUCUCUCUCACUCUUUCUUUCUUUCUUUCUUUCUUUCUUUCUUUCUUUCUUUCUUUCUUUCUUUCUUUCUUUCUUUCUUUCUUUCUUUCUUUCUUUCUUUCUUUCUUUCUUUCUUUCUUUCUUUCUUUCUUUCUUUCUUUCUUGCUUUCUCUCCUCCCUUUCUCUCACUACAUCUCUCCAUACCUGAGGUGUUCUUCAGGAAGGAAAUGAUUGCAGUGGGGUGUCUCUCUCUCUGUGUCUCUCUCUGUCUCUCUCUCUCUAAAAUGAGAAAUAAUUGUGUUUAUUGCAGUCGUGUGUUGUGUGUAUUUCAGUAUAACAGGAUUUGAGUGACACGGACACUAAAUUACAGAGGAAAGAUAGAGGAGGGAGAGAAAACACUCUGUCUUUCUUCUCUCUCUCCGUCACUCGCUCUCUCUCUGUGGGCGCUAGGAGUGAUGUAAUAUGUUGUCUUAGCUGUCGUUACACAACAGUAGGGAAAGCAGAAUGCGUGUGUCUUUAAAGUGAAAAACAGAAUUAAAAACCUGAGGGCCACUAAAACCUUUGUUUGUGUCGAUAAUGUAGUUAUUUUUUAGCUGAGAUUUCCAAACUAAGUGUAAAGUGUCAACAGAAUACCAGAUAAAAGAAAACCUUUCAUUGUUGCCUAGAGUUGAGAGGGUGAGGACAGAAUCCAUCCCACGCAAACCCGAACACUUGAAAAGCAUGUCGGUAGCAAGGGAGAGACAGAGAGAGGGAGAGAGAGAGAACGAGAGAGAAUGAGAGAGAGAACAAAGCUCCAGCAUCCUCCACCUAUUGAAUUCAAUUCACAACCCCUCUCAUGGUCAAGGGCUCCACCUCAAACCUGCAGGAGAAAAAUAAAUAAAUAAAAAUCCAUUUUUGAGUGUCAUUGAACCAAGUGCAAAUGGCCCUGAAAGCCUCUGGUGUCCAACAGGGUGUCUGUUCUAAAAGUUUACCGUCCUCCACACAUAUGACUCAGCGCCCAUCUCUCUCUCUCUCUCUCUUUAUCUCUCUCUCUCUCUCCUUCCCUCUCCCUCUCUCUCUCUCCCUCUCUGUUCCUCUCUCUCUCUCCCAGCGGAAUUAUUAUGGUUAAAUGAGAGACAUGGACAGUGGGGCUGAAUUAUCAAAUGAUAGGCUUUUUAAAAACGAUGUCAUACCUAGGCUCUUCAUUUUCUCACUCUAAAUGUCAGCAAGUGGUUGACAAAGUACAGAGGUUCUACAGUAUCUCUGGUCACGCUUUAGUUUAGUGUGAUUGAAGCCUAGUGAUCAUGUUGAGCUUAUAAAGCCUUCAUGUACAUGACAUAUAUGACUAUUUCACCUGUCAUAAGCUAUAUUUACAUCCAUAAACUAUACUGUACAUAAACAUUAAUACACUUAGUUUAAGGUGGUGAUUGUAUAGAUUAGAUUAUAAAAAACAUUCAUAUGUAGACAUAAAGGCAUAUGACAUCUUUACAUAAGUAUACAUAGACAUUCAUAGAAGCUACAUUGGCAUUCAUAACCUAUACAAAGACGUUCACAUAUAUUAUAAACACAUAUAUUUGCUUACCUAAUCUCUUUCCUCUGGUUUGUAGUAAGGUUCUCAGUAGUAAGCAGAAGCUACUGAGGAGGUGUACCCUACGGAAUCAUACUAGGUACACAGCAUCCCCCCUUGCCCGCUCGGACUACUUUGGGAAUGACAACAAAUGUAUUCAUGAUGCAUGGAUUCGAUAUCCGAGAAAGUUGGGGGUUCUCAAAAUGGCCGCCUAUAGGUUCUGGGAGUUCUCUGAGUAUCUGAGUUACCUUUGCAACAAUGUUGAGCUGCUUUUGGACAGCGCCUGAAACUGCUGCCUGUUGUCUUAUGAUUUUAACCACUUCUCCUACUGUACAAUAACUCUUAUUACUCCUAUUACUGACUGUAGAGCUAUUUGGUAAGGUCUUAAAAACAGAUCCACUGAACAGAUAUGCUGUCUAACUGGUUGAUUGUGAUAUUUUACUAUCAACUUCAAUAAUUCUGGAGGUUUUAUCAACUCCUCUUGCCUCUUACCUCAACUCCUGUCAUUCACACCAUUCACACUCAUAUCACCAAAACAGUCACGGUUAGAUUGAGUAUAGCUUCCUACCCCUUGCCUGCUGCCUGUCCUAUGCACGGCCCCUCCACUGCCCCUGCAUGUUGUCACUCGGAAACCCUGUACAAAGCAUUGUCCAUACUCUGACCUCAGCACUCCACCCUGCACCUCACCAUCUCAGCAGUCCCUCCUUGGAUAUUACACCCCAUGAAUAGUUAAUCACAUAGUUUCAUGAAAUCAUCACUUCACCCUAUUCCCCUGGUGUUCUUGAUUAUCCAUGAUACAAGACCCUCCCCUGCACAAACUCCUAUGGUACCUCUUCUAUGGUAGCUCCUCCAAUGGUGACUCUGCCAGUCAGAGAGACAGGGAUUGGCCAGCUGAGGUCACAUAUUUAGGAGCGAGCUGAGUGCAAAACAAUCAUAAUUACAUACUAACAGUAGGGUACCUACUGAAGCAUUUUGCCUGUUAUGCGCUUGCAUUUUGGAUAAUAGGCUGCAAUGCAUGCUGGUCUUUGAAUAUGCCCAUCAAUCUAACCUCAUUUAAAUGCCUUGCUCUCCAGUGAAGCAACCAAGGAUUGGGUAAACGAAUUAACAAAGUCAUGAAAUGGUGAAAGGCUCCUGUAAAAAGUUUCCAAUCAAUUGCAUUUUGUUUUAAUUGUUCCCGACAACCAACCUGCUAUGCUUGAUCUUGAUAUGUGUGUAUAUCUUUGUUCCACUCACACCAUUUCUCUCCAUCCCUCCAUCCCUCCAUCCCUCCAUCUCUCCAUCCCUCCAUUCCUCCAUCCCUCCAUCCCUCCAUCCCUCCAUCCCUCCAUCGAUCCAUUCCCCAUGACAGCCAGAAGCUGAGUUUCAAAGACCGGGUCCGGAUGGCGAGCCCCAGGGGGCAGAGUAUCAAGAGCCGGCAGACGUCAAUGAGCGACCGGCGGUCCCCAGGGACUGAGGCUGGGGGUACGGAGGGCACCAGCCCUGCCAAAGUCCAGAAGAGCUGGAGCUUCAAUGACCGCACCCGCUUCAGACCCUCCCUCCGCCUCAAGAGCCAAUCACGCUCCACUGCCGAUGGUGAGAGGAACUAAUUAAUUGUCAUGAUUGGUCAAUUGUUGGAUUUGGCCGCUUAGUAUAAGAGAUGGGUUGAUUGGUAUCAUUUUGUGGUUGGUGUUCAUGGUAGACUGGUGAGAAUUUUCUGCUAGGAAGUUUGUGGUGAUUCAUUGUAAAUCUCCCUAAAACACUAAUAGAAAAGUUGGAUGCAAUGUCAUUUUUCCUUUGCCUUUAUAACAAAAUGGUGAUCUUGCCCUGAUGCUUUCUACACCUGUUAUCAUCCUCAGAAUUAUAUCCCACUAAUGAUAUCUUUAGAUAUACUUAGCUUAUCCUUAGAUCACUGGUGAGCUACAUCAAAUGAAAACCACACUAUUAAUGUCAUGCUAGCUUUAACUCCCUUUCCCUAUGUUCUCUGGCUGGGUGCUGUGUGCUAGCCUAUAAAGGAUUACUCCUAGACCACUGGUCUUAUGGGCAGACCAGACCAGAGCUGGCACAGACCAUAGAACCAGCCAUAGAGCCAGCUAGGCCCAGCGGGACGAAUGAUAAUGCCUGUUUGCGGUGCCCUGGUUUGGGCUAGUUGGGCUGGAUGGCCUGGCUUGGUUAUGGCUGGAGCUCUGGACCGUACUCUGGAUGGUGGGAAGCGAGCGGGUAUGCUGUAGUUUAGCAGCCUUAAGGGGCUAGCAGAGGCUGCAGUGCUACUCUAUCCAGUCUAGCCAGCUGGCUGAGGGAAGGCAGAGUAACAGCCACCGUGACCAGGUAGCUAGGUCAAACGGAACACCAGCUAAAUUCUAGAAUGAAGUAGGUCUACACAAUAGUGGACUAUAAUAACACUAUUACCAGCACAUUAUGGUGAGGAUGGAUAGAAAUGGAAUGGGUGAUUUAUCCAGCUGCAUCUGGUGUAAGAGACAUUUUGGAAAAGGUAAUGACUAAUGACUGAACUCUAUAUGGGUGAUUUAUCCAGCAGAGUCUUGUGGAAGAGACGUUUUGGAAAAGGUAAUGACUGAACUGUAUAUGUGUGAUUUAUCCAGCAGAGUCUUGUGGAAGAGACGUUUUGGAAAAAGUGAUGACUAAUGACUAUGCUGUAUAUGACACUUACCUUACACAACCAUACAAUAAUCAUGUUGUAUAUGGUAAAUCUACUGUUGCAUAUACAAUAUGCCAGAUGGAUUAAAUGGCUUUGCCAAGAACCACCUACACUACAUUCUGAAUUAAUGAGAACAGAUAUUGAUGCUGGCUGACACACACACACACACACACACACACACACACACACCAAUCCUCCAAAUGCUUGUGGUGGCUUGCCUUGUAACAUUACAAAUAGCAUUAACCUGGGGUCAUAGAAAACCUUUUAUUGGUCAGGGGGGAAAAUGGUUUGAUAUGCACUCCGCCACUUCUAAACCCCGCCCCGGCUUUGCUGUGCUUUAUGUCGUAACUCAGGCCACUCAUAAACAGCAGGUCUUUGUGAUAAAUAUUUCCCAUUAGCAAUAUACCUACUGAGGCCAGGCAGCUCUCAGCCUCGCACUCUUCUGCUAUACUGUGGACUCACUUUUGUGAAAACAAUAGUUAUUCUAUUUUUUUUUCUCUCUCUCUCUCUCGCUCUCUCUCUGUAUCUCUCUCUGUCUCCAGUAGCUGUGCGUGGGUAAAAUCCCUGAGGAAGCCAAGCCAAGCCAGUAAAAAAAUCCAUAUUACAACCAGUGUUGUGAUAAUUGCGUUGUUUGCUCUAUAACUCAUUCGUUCAUACGCCACCGUGAUAUACAAUAAGGCCGAGACAACAAAAGACAACAGUCACACAGUGGUGGAAUAAAUUCAACUACACAUACGUUUGUUUCAUCACAAAACCGGAGAGCAUCAUCUGUCCGGUGAAGUCCACAAAGCAAAUAUUGCAUGUAAUAAACAGUUAUAUGACCUUCAACCAGUGGUGUAAAGUACCUAAGUAAAAAUACUUUAAAGUACUACUUAAGUAAUUUUGGGGGGUAUCUGUACUUUACUUGACUAUUUAUAUUUUUGACAACUUACAUUUGACAUUUUAGUCAUUUAGCAGACGCUCUUAUCCAGAGCGACUUACAGUUAGUGAGUGCAUACCUUUUUCAUACUGGCCCCCCGUAGGAAUCAAAUUUACAACCCUGGCGUUGCAAGUGCCAUGCUCUAACAACUGAGCUACAGGAGGCCCUGUACUGAGCUACAGGAGGCCCUGUACUGAGCUACAGGAGGCCCUGUACUUUUACUUUUACUUACAUUUACAUUUAAGUCAUUUAGCAGAAACUCUUAUCCAGAGCGACUUACAAAUUGGUGCAUUCAACUUAUGAUAGCCAGUGGGACAACCACCCAAUGUUUUUUUUUUUUCUUCUUUUUUUUAUGGGGGGGGGGGGUGUAGAAGGAUUACUUUAUACUAUUCCAGGUAUUCCUUAAAGAGGUAGGGUUUCAACUGUCUCCGGAAGGUGGUCAGUGACUCCGCUGUCCUGGCGUUGUGGGGGAGCUUGUUCCACCAUUGGGGUGCCAGAGCAGUGAAUAGUUUUGACUGGGCUGAGCGGGAACUGUGCUUCCGUAGAGGUAGGGGGGCUAGCAGGCCAGAGGUGGAUGAACGUAGUUCCCUCGUUUGGGUGUAGGGUCUGAUCAGAGCCUGGAGGUAAGGAGGUGCCGUUCCCCUCACAGCUCCGUAGGCAAGCACCAUGGUUUUGUAGUAGAUGCGAGCUUCACUACAUUCCUAAAGAAAAUAUUGUACUUUUUACUCCAUACAAUGUGCUCGUUACAUUUUGAAUACUGAGCAGGACAGUAAAAUUGUGAAAUUCACGUACUUAUUGUCACGAUCGUCAAAAGGAGUAGACCAAGGCGCAGCGUGGAAUGCGUACAUAUUUUAUUAGAGUACUUACACAACUAACAAAACAACAAAACGAAACAUGAAGUCCUCGGUUAACAAACAAACCAACACGGAACAAGAUCCCACAAAACACAACUGCCCAAACGGCUGCCUAAGUAUGGUUCCCAAUCAGAGACAACAAGCAACAGCUGAUUCACGUUGCCUCUGAUUGAGAACCACCCCGGCCAACAUAGAAACACAUGAACUAGACACUGAAACAUAGAACACAAAACAAUGACUCUACACACCCUGGCUCAACAUAUGAGAGUCCCCAGAGCCAGGGCGUGACACUUAUCAAGAGAACACGUGGUCAUCCCUACUGCCUAUGGUUUGGCGGACUCACGAAACACAAAUGCAUCAUUUGUAAAUAAUGUCUGAGUGUUGGAGUGUGCCCCUGGCUAUCCAUCAAUUUGAAAACAAGAAAAUGGUGCUGUCUGCUUUGCUUAAUAUAAGGAAUUUGAAAUUAUUUAUACUUUUACUUAAGUAUGUUUUAGCAAUUACAUUUACUUUUGAUACUUAAGUAUAUUUAAAACCAUAUAUUUUUAGACUUUACUCAAGUAGUAUUUUACUGGGUGACUUUCACUUUUACUUGAGUAACUUUCUAUUAAGGUAUCUUUACUUUUACUCAAGUAUGACGAUUGGGUACUUUUUCCACCACUGCCUGCAACAUGUUAAAGCGAGUUAAUGUUUGACAGUUUACUAAACAACUACUGAUUCAGAAGUUACCGCAAUUCAACACAAAGACAACAGGAUCACUGCCUCCACAAUUUCAGCACCAUUUCAACUUAAACAUUUAAUCAACAAGACUAUAUACAGUAUGCUUAGUUUAAUACACUGAAAACAAAUGUAAAGAUACCAAAAACAAAUGGUACUGAUUUCUCUGUGUGUGUGUGUGGGUGUGUGUUCGUUUUUGAUGUCAUAUGCUACCUAGCUAAAACGCUUGCUAGCCUAACUUCCUCGCAUGGGCAACAAUGAACCAGCUAAGUUAGCUAGCUACUUAACGGCAGCCUAAAAGGGCUAGGCUACAUCUAGGCUACAUAUUGAACUUCAAUCGUCUCAGGCCAGUGGCACAACAUAUUCAUUUAUGGUUAGAUCAGCAUCGCCGUCAUAAUCAUUGGCCUGUACAGAGAAUUAAGUCAAAACCACAAGUCCAAAUCCCCAUCUCCAUCCAUGGCUUAGGAAAGGGCUGAUUUAGUAAGCUAGCCAGAUCAAGGGAGGCCAAAUGCUUGCUGGCAUCAAUCAAUCAAAUGCUACUGCCACAACAUGUCAUACUCUUUUGGUCCAGACAGCAUCAGAUAGAUGGGCUACACAUACUGAGACAGAGGGGCGCUGUUUCCCUCGCUCUGAUGAUUUCUCCGGUGAGAUUCAGCCACUUGCGAAUUGCCGGAAAAUUAUUACAAAUAUAUGUUUUUUUGUUUUUUUAUUGGUCAAAUAUUUGGGGAAGAAUGGCUUCCCUUGGCAUCCAUGAAUACACACCACACCACACCUCUCUCUCUCUCUCUCUCUCUCUCUCUCUCUCUCUCUCUCUCUCUCUCCUUCCUCCAUCUCUCCUUCAUUCCUUCCCUCCAUCUCUCUUUCUUUCUGACUCCUUCAUAAAAAAAUAAAGGUAUGUUAAAACUCAAACUCUCUUUCCCUCCAUCUCUCUCUCUGUCUAGCUGACUCAAACAUGACCACUGAGGAUGGGUUUGGUGAUGACAAGGGCUGUCACUGUGAGAUCUCUGUGGAGGACCUGCUGCCUUCCGUCAAGUCUGUCAUCCGAGCCGUCAGGUGAGACACGCACUCACGCAUGCUCACUCACUCACUCACGCACACGCACGCACACACACACACACACACACACACACACACACACACACACACACACACACACACACACACACACACACCUCUGCUGCCCUCACUCAAGUAUGUCAUCAGAGCCUUAGCGUGAGCUUUUUCUUCUUAUUGUAACCUCCUAACUCUUUCCCAUAAUCCAUACCGUGAGAGGCAGCUUCAAAAUCUCUCUUACUUCCCACUAUGGGUUUAGCCAGUGGAUACAUUACUAUAUAACUUUUUCAUCCUCACAUUGGGCAGGAGGGGCCCUUAUAGGGCCUCCAAGGGCCUCUCAUAUUCAACCUCUUCUGUUGUAUGUGGCCCCUAGGCUCCACAGGUGUGUGUACUAAGCUUCCCUCUACACUUUCUCACAGGGAUAGAUUUACAUGUUACACAGCUAAAGUAAACAGUGAAGUAAAGACUGAUUUUACCUCAGAUCUUUAGCUGUACAACUUCACAGGAAUAUUGUCUUUAGAAAUAUGAAAUGAUUUUCCAGAUGAGCGGUCAUGUAUUUAUGUUGAUAAAGAAGAGCUGUUUCUCCGGUUGCUAUUGGGUCGUUUUAGAUCUCAGUAUCUCAGUUGGAGUGUGUUACUCUAGGUCAAUGUCAUUCUUUGUUUGAGGACUCCCUUUAUUAGGUAGAUUUAAGAACUUCAUUGAAAUUCCCUCCUGUGCUGGGUCGCAUUCAUUAGGACACACCGUAGCGAAACGUUUCGCAACGGAAUACAAAAACAAGUGUUUCUUAUUAGACACGUUCAUGUAGUCCCUCCCUGUUUCAAUCAAUGUUCUUCCAUCUGGUACUUAAUGAACAUGACCCUGGUCUGAUCCAUCCAGGAUAAUGAAGUUCCACGUGGCCAAGAAGAAGUUUAAGGAGACGUUGCGACCAUACGAUGUGAAGGACGUCAUAGAGCAGUACUCCGCCGGACACCUGGACAUGCUGUGUCGCAUCAAGAGUCUGCAGACACGGUGAGAACAAUAAUGCACUGUCAUGCUCACAAAGUCACACACUACCUUAGACCUUCAAAUAAAUUGCAUGAUAAAGCUUAGCUAGCAGCUGUCUGCCAUGUGGAUUCACUGCUUAGCCACUGAAUGUAAGCAGUAUGACUGACCUGUGUACGUUUAAGUCUUUGUCUUCAAAUGAGUGUGCAUAUGUUUGUGUCUGUGCGCAUACAUUCAUAUUUUUGUGUGUGUCUAUGUGUGUGUGUGUGUGUGUGUGUGUGUGUGUGUGUGUGUGUGUGUGUGUGUGUGUGUUGUGUGUGUGUGUGUGUGUGUGUGUGUACGUAUGUGUGUGUGUGUGUACGUAUGUGUGUGUGUGUGUGUGUGUGUGUGUGUGUGUGUGUGUGUGUGUGUGUGUGUGUGUGUGCUCACUUUCCCCCACAGGCUGGACAUGAUAGUGGGGCCCCAGCCCCUGAGCAGCCGAGCCAAGACCUUUUCCUCUCCCUCCCUGCCCAUGUAUUACAGCCAGGGCAGAAAGAACUCCAUGCAGGGGUCAGAGUUAACCCCCUCACGCCUCUCACACACUCUUCUGUCAUCACACACUCUUGACUUUCUCCCCAUCCCCUGCAUGUGGACUAGGUGAUUGCUUGCUAGAAGAAACACUGCAUGGUUUUCAAAUCGCAAAAAUCUUUCUUACCUGUCUAGGUUGACAGUAUAUCUUACCUGUCUAAGUUGACAGUAUAUCUUACCUGUCUAGGUUGACAGUAUAUCUUGCACGGGGGAUCCACUUGGGACUGUUGAUGGGUGUGUUCAGUUUCUAGAUUCCUCCUGGUGAUGUUUAUUCUGUUCUGCAGUCCUGUCAACUGAGUUUUCUCUGAGUUUUAUCUUAGGGCCCGAUUCAAUCAGAUCUGCUUUAGCGAACAUCCGCAUAGCUGAUGUUUUGACGGUAUCGGAGGUGGAGUUGUCAAAUCUACAAGUUUCUCCCGGCAUUAAAGCUAAAACGGACAUUGCCAUUGGUGGCACGGAGUCUCAUUAAGUCCGAACACUGAAAUGUGAGAUGUAAUCUACACCUCGAUUUGGCUGUUAGAAAUCCUCAUUAUUUAGUUAAAAGAUUUUUCAAUUUGAGUGUAAUUAUUUCUAUAUAGCCUACGCUUUCUCAUUCUGAACUUCUAACGCGAGUGGGACAGUGUGGCAUCUUGACAAUUAUCACAAGAGCAGCUGCUCACCGAUUUACAGCUCCAAUGCAGUUCCACCGCCGACAGCGCCAAAACAUCAGCAAUGCGGGUGUCGGCAAUCGCCGGUUAACACUUGAUUAAAUCUAGACCCUAAACUUCCACUGAAUAUGAAAGGCCUUAUUUACCAAAUGAGUGAGUAGUGAGCCACCAUGUGGUAGAAACUCCAAAUGACAUUUUCUGGUCAAGAGCUUCUUGAGUCAUGGAAAAUAUUGAUUAUCUCAUAUAAACAUCUCAACUGAAAAUCCAAAUAUGUAAUAAAAUUAUAUAUAAAUACAAAUAAAAUAAAAACUGUGCUUGUAAUUUAAGGUAAUCCAUUUUGUCUUUCAAAUCCAGUAGAAGAUAAUGCAUUCUUCUCUUCUGCUUGCCUUCUACAGUGUAUAUUUUUUAAAGUAUUGAUAUCCCACUGGGCACAGACGUCAAUUCAAUGUCUAUUCCACGUUGGAUCCACCUCAUUUUAGUGAAAUUACAUGGAAACAACUUUGAUUCAACCAGUGUGUGCCCAGUGGGAUGCUGUUGAUAUUGAUACACUUGUAACAUACAGUGGGGGAAAAAAGUAUUUAGUCAGCCACCAAUUGUGCAAGUUCUCCCACUUAAAAAGAUGAGAGAGGCCUGAAUUUUCAUCAUAGGUACACGUCAACUAUGACAGACAAAUUGAGGGGAAAAAAAUCCAGAAAAUCACAUUGUAGGAUUUUUUAUGAAUUUAUUUGCAAAUUAUGGUGGAAAAUAAGUAUUUGGUCACCUACAAACAAGCAAGAUUUCUGGCUCUCACAGACCUGUAACUUCUUCUUUAAGAGGCUCCUCUGUCCUCCACUCGUUACCUGUAUUAAUGGCACCUGUUUGAACUUGUUAUCAGUAUAAAAGACACCUGUCCACAACCUCAAACAGUCACACUCCAAACUCCACUAUGGCCAAGACCAAAGAGCUGUCAAAGGACACCAGAAACAAAAUUGUAGACCUGCACCAGGCUGGGAAGACUGAAUCUGCAAUAGGUAAGCAGCUUGGUUUGAAGAAAUCAACUGUGGGAGCAAUUAUUAGGAAAUGGAAGACAUACAAGACCACUGAUAAUCUCCCUCGAUCUGGGGCUCCACGCAAGAUCUCACCCCGUGGGGUCAAAAUGAUCACAAGAACGGUGAGCAAAAAUCCUAGAACCACACGGGGGGACCUAGUGAAUGACCUGCAGAGAGCUGGGACCAAAGUAACAAAGCCUACCAUCAGUAGCCUACCAAAGUAAAUCUUUGGAGGGAGUUGAAAGUCUGUGUUGUCCAGCGACAUCACUGCUCUAGAGGAGAUCUGCAUGGAGGAAUGGGCCAAAAUACCAGCAACAGUGUGUGAAAACCUUGUGAAGACUUACAGAAAACGUUUGACCUGUGUCAUUGCCAACAAAGGGUAUAUAACAAAGUAUUGAGAAACUUUUGUUAUUGACCAAAUACUUAUUUUCCACCAUAAUUUGCAAAUAAAUUCAUUAAAAAUCCUACAAUGUGAUUUUCUGGAGAAAAAAAAUCUCAAUUUGUCUGUCAUAGUUGACGUGUACCUAUGAUGAAAAUUACAGGCCUCUCUCAUCUUUUUAAGUGGGAGAACUUGCACAAUUGGUGGCUGACUAAAUACUUUUUUCCCCCACUGUAUAUCUCUAGUGACACAGUAAACAGAGCCAAAGAUAUCCUUGCGAGCAUUAUGGCCUCUACAGUACGUGUUGUAUUCUCAUAGAGGACCAAUUCCAACUCUAACUCUCUUUCCUUCCUUCUUCCUUCUCGGCGGACUGCCUACUGGACAUCCUCUGGUCCUGCACCAUUUCUCUCUCUGUACCCUCUCUUUAACACUAUGUCUCCUGUGCCCUCCAGAGUGGACCAGAUCCUGGGUAAAGGCCAGAUUCCUCUGGAUAAGAAGAUCAGGGACAAGCUGCUGUCUGAUGGAGACCUUAUGGAGGACAUGAGUAUGCUGGGACGCGUCUGCAAAGUGGAACGGCAGGUCAGUGGGUUUCCAUGAAAAACACUGGUUCAUUAAAUAUGAAUUAGGUGUGCUUAACCUUUUACGCUCGUGAGAAUUGGCCUGUAUGGAUAGGGCUAAAUUGAAAUGUUUCUGACAAAAGAAAUAUGAAAAGCAUAUGCAUAACCAUGAUAGCAAUUGAAAGGGAACAGUUUGGAGAUAAUGGGAAAAUAAAUUAUUAGACCAAAGGUGAGAACACAAGUUCACCUGACACGAGACUGAAUCCAAACAUUACACUUUUCAUUUUAUGUGUAUUUUACAUUUACUGUACUUUUAGCCACGUUUGUUGAUAACAAAAUCUGAAAAUACUCUGGAUACAUUCAGUAACUUAAGCCUGUUCCUGGAAAAUGUGGGGUAGGUGCAACAUAAGACAAAAACAUUUCCAAGGUUUUGAGUAAGAGGAUUAACUGGUGUCUCCAAGUGGCCACACCUCUCCAAGGUAUGCACAGAUCCUAAGCAAUUUCAAUGCACUUUUAUGACUCAAAUAAGUUUUGUUUUUUUUAGCUCUCCUAGCUGUGCCGUUGAGGAACCAAAGCAAGCACACUUGUAGUUGUUUCAUUUGGAACACAACCCUGCAUCCCUGCCAUCACACAAUUACUGUUGCUGUUUACGCAAUCCAAAAAUGAAUCGCAGUCUGGGUCAGGUGGGCAUGAUUUGAAAGCUUGUUCUAUUGCCAACAUGACUAGCUAAGUUAAUAUAUACGAUCUUACAGUGUUAGGCUUUCACAAGGCAAUUCAGAGAAACAGAUUGUAAUUUUGGUGCGCAUAGAAAGGAGUCAUGAGCAGGGGCGGUGUGUUCAAUAGGGCGAUAUGGGCGACGCACUGCCAAACGGGAAAAGGAAGGGAUUUUUUUUCUAAUCAAUUAUAUCACGGCAACAGUAGUUAUCAGUGUUGUAAUCUAGACGUGUCUGGUCUGAUCUGCCACUAAAUGUCCAAUCAGGCUAAAGUCGUGCUUCAAAUGGCCACCCCCCCUUUUUGGGCGAUUUCAGUCAGGUUGAAAAUCGCCCAGAAGUCUGUCAUAGACUCCCAUGUAAAAUCUAUUUUUUUCAAAUUUCAGAGCUUUCAAUACAAUCUCUAUGGGUGUCUGAGGGCUUGCACUUACGCGCUUUCGUCAUACGUAACGUAACCAUGAACGUAACUAAGAAAAGACCGGGUAGCAGCCUCAAUCAAUUCACUACUACUGUAAAAAUGGCUAGCCUUCAGUGCAACUCGAUUGUGUCUUUGAAAGAAGUUCCUUUUUGUCGGCGAACAAAUCAAGAUAAAUUGGCAACGAAACAAUUAGGACCUCCCAGACCAAAUUUAAUAAUUCAACAGGUUUCUACUAAAGGCGGAAAGUCCUACACCCGAGGAUUUUCCAAAAAUUGGUACUAACGAAAAAAGAACAUUGUCACUCAACUGGAUGAGGGAUACAGGCUAGCUGUCCGCCGCCACAACGAUGAGGUUAGUGUUGAUAAUCACAAGUUUACUGGAGAACUGAGACCAAGUAGAGACUUUGGACAGGGUGGAUAUGGUAUAAUAAAGGCAGUUUAUUCAGAGGUAAAGAUAUCUGGAAUCGCGUGCACGGACCCGUUCGUCAAACUCUUAGGGAGCUAUACAUUAAGCCCCAUUACUUACCAUAUCAGAUAAGAGAAAUUGCUGCAGCUACAUAUAUUUUACAUCCUGGCCCUACAUAGUUCACUAUUUGCAUCACUUACCAAAAUAUUACAUGUGGUCAUAUAUGCUUGGAAAGUGGAGAUGCCAUAGAAUGUCAAAAAAGUAAACAUUGCUGGAGACACAUUGCCGUUUUGGAGAAGACAUCGCGUUUGCUAGCGAAGAGAUUUGUUGUGGCAAAUGAACUUGGGCUGGGAAUUGCCAGGAACCUCACGAUAAGAUAUAUGCAUUGCGUGUCUCAUGAUUCUAUACGUAUUGCGAUUCGAUACUGUGAUUUUAUUGCGCACCAUAUGUCUGUUGCAGAGGGAUCAGAAAGCCAUGAGAACGAGUUUUGAUCAGUCAUGGAAAUAAAAGUGCUGAAAACAAAUUGGCUCCCAAUGUGAAAAGAUUGAGAACAAGCUAUGAAGGAACAAUAAUGGUGUUUUGGUGCAGGUACAGCCAACUAGCGCUAAAAUAUUGCGAUAUUGUCAAUACAGUAUAUCGUAAAGUAUCACUAUGUAACUCGAUUUCUUUCACCCCAAUCCCUCAAAUUAACGGUAAAUAACUGAAUUGUUUGCCCCACAUUUAGCUAAGAUGAUUAGCUAGCCAGCUAAAAUGUUUUAUUUAGUUAGCAGUCGCAUCUACAAUAGUUUACUGUCAAUAACAUGUCUCCAAAAAUGACGUGGUGUCUCCAAUUGUGUUGACAUUUGACAAUUGCGAUGCGCAUCCAUGAGUAUCCACUUUCUGUAGCUCAGCUGGUAGAGCACGGCGCUUGUAACGCCAAGGUAGUGGGUUCGAUCCCCGGGACCACCCAUACACAAAAAUGUAUGCACGCAUGACUGUAAAUCGCUUUGGAUAAAAGCGUCUGCUAAAUGGCAUAUUAUUAUUAUUAUUAUUAUCUGAAGAGAGCCCCGAAACAUUGUGUGCAGACAUUUUAUGCAAUAAAUGAAGUAGGUUGAAUCUAGUAGUUCUGAUCUUCUGAUUGGUCCUGAUGAGUUGGGCGAGGUCCCCUCCAGGAUACUGUCACUGUUGCAUUGGCUCUGAGUCGAGUUCUCUGUCUUCAAAUGUUCAGCCUAAGAGAGGGGAUUUUUUUGUGUGUGUGUGUGUGUGUGUGUUUAACAGUGAUGAUGUGUGUGUGUGUGUGUGUGUGUGUGUGUGUGUGUGUGUGUGUGUUUAACAGUGAUGAUGUGUGUGUGUGUGUUUGUGUGUGUGUGUGUGUGUGUGUGUGUCCUCAGAGCAAGAACUCGUGAGUUGGAAGAACUGAGAGGCCUAUGGCGUGGGUGUUGUCCUUGGCUGACAAGAUAGGACCCUUUUGUCCAUUGUUAUUGGAUAGGAACAGAACUUAUAACCAGCUCCUGACCUAAAUAGAUCUUAGCACAACAUUUUACUCAACAUAUCAUAUUCCAUAUUCACUAUAACAAAUAUAUUUACUACGACAUUAGCAAGAACCGCCACAUCCUCAGCCGGCUAAUCCAGUGUGUGAAGUUUUGCGGAGUGUUUGAGUUAGCUUUGCGAGGCAAAGAUGAAACUGAGGGCUCCACCAACCCUGGUAAGCCAACACUUUUGAGAUCAGUCAAUAAAUGCUUCUGGUAUUGACUUAUAUGCUGCCCCUGUCUUCAUGUUGUUGCUGGACAUAUCUUUUUUAAAAUGUGUGUAGGUCACCUAAAUCAUCAGAAAAAUUGCCCCCCCUGAGAAUUUUUUCAGGAGCCGCCACUGGUCAUGAGUGCAUUCAGGUGCGUGUGCCGCGGCAAGUUUUCUUCACAAUAAACAAACAUAGGCUCAUUCUGUUCAGAACAACCCAGAGUAUGACACCACGUCACCUUGUAACUGUACAUCAAACAUACUGAUCAUAAACGCUGAUACUGUAUAUGACAUGAGUUGUAUGAUUUGGAGAUGUGAAGUGCACAUUUGGACUCACCGGUGUUUGGCUUGCUUGUAUGACAGCAAAGUGGUAUUUAUUAUAAUAAUCCUCAAUGUAUCAUCUUGCAAAAUACAUAGAGUCCUCUUAACAGCAUUUCCCUCACUCAGACAAAACAUUUCAAAAGUUGCCCAAGUACCGGAAGGGAUGGGGGCAACUUCUUGCUGCGCGCAGUGCUCAAAUUCAGAACAGCUGUCAGUCAAAACCCGUACAGCGCUGUGAAGCGCAGAGCCUGAGCUCUGACGUCAUGCAUAGCAUGUUACUGUACAGCCACUAUGUUCCAAUUUAGGAGCUUAUCAGUGCCCAAAUCUUCCAUUUUCAACCCAUAUACGGGUAUGAGUGUAAAGGGUUACCAACUACUGUUAUUCAACAUAUUAUAAUUGUUUUGCGUAUUAUGGUUAAAUGUGGUUAAAUGUUGUUUGUAUUACCAAUUAUGUGAAAGUACUCUUUCUGUUGUGUAGCUAGUGUUAACCUUCAUUUAUAUUUCCCACCCUUUCUUCCCUUCCUCCCUCCUUCCUUCCUUCCUUCAAUCCAUCCCUCUCUAGGUCCAGUCUAUUGAGUCGAAGCUAGACUCCCUGUUGGACAUCUACCGGCAUGUGUUACGUAAAGGCUCCUCGUCUGCCCUCACACUCUCCUCCUUGCCCCUGUUCGAGCUGGAGCAGACCUCAGACUACCAGAACUCUAUCCUCUCCAAGGACCACUCCACCUGCUCUACACAGGUCAGCAGCACCGGAGGUGGGAUAGGGGGCCAGGGGGGGUGCGUGACCCGCUCCUCCACCAAUGCUUCAAACCUGUCCCGGGGUCUUCACCUUAUCCUGGCGCCACCCACCGAGCUCAGCCUCAACACCAGUACCACCUCACCUUCCACCGGGGGGCCCCCGGCCUCCUCGUUCAGUCCGUCGCCCCUUCCUCAACACCACCACCACCAUCAUCAUCAUACCCUGCCGGAAGGUGGAGAACCAGUCCAUAGGGGAAGUUCUUCUCACUCACCUCCUAUUCUUACUCCUAAUUGUGUUUCUGGGAGUGGGGGGUUUCCUACUCUGGCCAGGCCCCCACCGCCUCCUCCCGAGCCCAGCCGGACAGUGGGUCACUCCAGGCCGGAGAGGGAGGUGGAGGUGGGGGACUUCUGUGGAAGCCCGGAGGAGAGGGAGGACGGUGGUGUGCUAGGCCCAGGACAAGGCCUCAGACUGGGGAGGCUGGGGCAGCCAAGAGGGGGGUCCAGUGGGAACAGCAACAGCCGGCCCUGCAAUGCCAAAGAAGAGGGCUCCUGGAGGAGAAACACAAGCCUGGAGAUGGAGCCCCUGGUACCCCUCUCUUCUGCCCUGGGAGGAGGAGGCCGCUGCUCCUCCGGCUCCAACCCCAGCCAGGUGGACCGAGGCAAGUCUAUGUCCAUCCAGGACCUGGUGCAGGGGGGGACCACCACCUCCAGUGCCCUGGAGAGCCACCACCAUCCUAGCCUCAGCCUCUCGUCCCCCAGCCCCUGCAGCAGCGGCUCCCCCACAGGCUCCCACAGCAGUCAGGACCCCGGUGGAGGGGGCGGUGGGGGCGGCUGGGGGGAGGAGGACCUCUUUAUCAGCGACAGGGACGUGGACGCCCUCCCUCUCCCCCCUGAGACUCGGGGCGGAGCCUUUGGUUUUGACUUCCUGUCCCAUGGAACAGCCGACGCCACCUCUUACUCUUCAGAUCUACUGAGGACGGGGCCGGGACUUGGGGCGGGGUUAGGUGCUCUGGCGGGGUCCAAUAGGAGCCUGGCAAGCGGGAGCGGGAACACAUCGACACCCCCCUCAGUCGGGAGCACAGAGUCCCUGAGCAUGCCGCACGUACGGCUAAAAUAA